AUGAGUGUUUUCAUUGCACCAGGCGAUGACUUUCAUCUCGAAAGUCGAGACAACGUCAUCUUGGGUCCAGGAGCCUAUUGUGAUCCGAGAAGCCAGGCCUUCACUCCUGUAAAUGCUGGCUUUGAAGUGAUAACGGAAUCGAAGAAAGGUAUCUGCGCUCAUGUUGAAUACAAUUCUAAACGCUACGUGCCGGCGGUUGGCGAUCUGGUUGUGGGGUUAAUAACUGGCUCCUUCUCUGAUAGCUACAGAGUAUCGUUGGCAAGUUUCUCCACACCCGUUACAUUAUCCUAUAUGGCCUUCCCUAAUGCUUCGAAGAAAAAUCGACCUACUUUGAAGGUUGGUGACUUAGUAUACGCACGAGUGUGCAAAGCAGACAAAGAACUGGAGGCUGAAAUUGAGUGCGUAGACUCAACAACCGGAAAGGAUGAUGGAUUUGGUCACUUAGAACAUGGUACUCUGGUGCAAGCCUCACUGGCAUUUUGCAGGGAAUUGACCUUCAACGCAGAGUAUCCACUUCUUUCGUUGCUUGCUAAGCACGCCCAAUUUGAAGUGGCCAUUGGUAUCAACGGAAGAAUAUGGAUCAAGUCUGAAGAAAUCAGGCAUACUCUAGCCUUUAGUAGAUCUUUGCUGGAAUGUCAGGAUCACCCUGUAUCAGAACAUAAGCACAUCAUUUCUAAGCAUUUUAAGAACGUACUCAAUGCGUCAUCUUAA